AACCAGUAGGGAUGUAACACCGGCUUGUCUAUAUUUAUACAGUCUAUGGUCUAGCCUGGGUUGAGUUAGCGUUGACUAGACACACUGAGCGGCUUUCGUGGAACGGCUUUAGCCUGAAGUGAAAGUUGGUGUUUAUUCUAACCAGGCUUUUUCAAUGAAGCCGCGGUUUGUCUAGCUGCAUUGAUGGAACACCUCUCUGGUCCUCCAGCUGCUGGAGGCGCUACAAAUAAAUAAAGAAGAAGAUGAAGAAGAAGAAGACGGCCCCAUGAACCGGAAGCACGCCGCCGUCACUUCCUGUUUCCGUCAACACGUGCAUAUGUGUGUGUCGAGAGGACGGCAGAGUACAGAACCAGAAAGAACCAGAUACAACCCGCUAGAACCUCCAAAGACAGAACCCGUUAGAACCCGCUGUAGCCGCAGUGAUGCUGGAGCAGCUCGGUCUGAUCGGGACGAUCCGGGACGAGGAUCAGAGUCCAGAGGAGCCGGAGACCGAGUCCGAGACAGAGGACCAGCCGAUCGUUCUGAACAGGAAGAAGAAGCUGGGCGCUCGUGGUGCGUCUGACUUUAACGCCGGAUUUGAGUUUGGCGAGCGAGACGGACCGGAUGAUGACGACUGGGUGAUGGCCGACGUGCUCAAACAGCUAAAGAACAAGAGAACGGCGACCACACUCGACCAGAAAAUAGAAAAGAUCAGGAAGAAGAGGAAAGCUGAGGAGAAAUCGUCUGAGAGCGAUGCUACAGGAGGUUCUGCAGGGCAGGAGGAGCAGGAGGAGGUGAAGCCUGCUGUAGGAGACGCUGCUGGAGGAGAUGAUGAUGAUGAAGAUGAUGAAGAAGAUGAAGAUGAGUUUGAUUCAAGUGAUGAAGAGAUUCUGACCAAAUCUGACACCCUGAGGGACAAGGAGCGCCGCGGAAAGAAGAGGAAGACUGGAGAGGAGGCUGCUGACUCGUUUUACGAAGACGCGUCUCAGUACGACGACCAGCUGAUGUUUGAUGACAUGAACCUGUCCCGACCCAUCCUCAAGGCCAUCACAGCUCUUGGCUUCAAGCAGCCGACUCCCAUCCAGAAGGCGUGUGUUCCUGUCGGCCUGCUGGGCAGAGACCUGUGCGCCUGCGCCGCAACUGGGACAGGGAAGACAGCAGCCUUCAUGUUGCCUGUGUUGGAGCGCUUGGUUUAUAAGCCCAGGACGUCCCAAGUGACCCGCGUCUUGGUUCUGGUUCCCACAAGAGAGUUGGGGAUCCAGGUUCACUCCGUGGCGCGUCAGCUCGCCCAGUUCACCUCCAUCACCACCUGCCUGGCUGUCGGUGGGUUGGACCUAAAGUCUCAGGAGGCGGCGUUGAGGGCGGGGCCGGACGUUCUAAUUGCGACACCUGGUCGGCUGAUCGAUCACCUCCACAAUACGCCGAGCUUUGAGCUGACUCACAUUGAGAUCCUGAUCCUGGACGAAGCUGACAGGAUGCUGGACGAGUACUUUGAGGAACAGAUGAAGGAGAUCAUCAGGUUGUGUUCCUACAACAGACAGACCAUGUUGUUCUCCGCCACCAUGACAGAGGAGGUGAAGGACCUGGCGGCAGUCUCGUUAAAGCAGCCAAUCAGGAUCUUCGUUAACAGCAACACUGAUGUUGCUCCGUUUCUGCGACAAGAGUUCGUCCGAAUCCGACAAAACCGAGAGGGAGACAGAGAGGCCGUGGUGGCCGCGCUGCUGACUCGGACCUUCCAGGACCACGUGAUGUGUUUCACUCAGACAAGGAAACAGGCCCACAGACUGCACAUCCUGCUGGGCCUGAUGGGCCUGAAGGUCGGAGAACUGCACGGAGAACUGAGCCAGAGCCAGAGACUGGAGAACCUCAGGCGUUUUAAAGAUGAUCAAAUCGAUAUCUUGGUGGCGACAGAUGUGGCAGCCAGAGGGUUGGACAUCGACGGAGUUAAAACGGUCAUAAACUUCACCAUGCCGUCCACACCGAAGCAUUAUGUCCACCGCGUGGGACGGACGGCUAGAGCGGGCCGGUCGGGACGCUCUGUGUCUCUGGUUGGAGAGUCUGAGAGGAAGAUGCUGAAAGACGUGGUGAAGUCGGCCAAGAACAGCGUGAAGGCACGAGUCCUGCCGCCAGAUGUCAUUCUGAAGUUCAGAGAUCUGAUCAACAAACUGGAGAAGGACGUUGACGCUGUGAUGAAGCUGGAGAGAGAAGAGAGAGAGCUGGCUGCGUCUGAGGCCAAGUUGAGUGUAGCUCAGAAGCGUCUCGAUGGCUCCGCCUCCUCCAGUCAGUCACAGAGAGUUUGGUUUCAAACUCAACAGGAACGAAAACAGAGUCGCAUGUCGAAGGCUCUGCAGGAGUUCGAUCUCGCUCUGAGGGGAAAGAAGAAGAGAGAAAAGUUUGUGAAGGACGGCAGGAAGAAAGAGCUGACGUCUGAGGAGCGAGCUCAGUUCGAGCUCCUGAAGGCUCAGAUGUUCGCUGAGCGAGCGGCAAAACGAGAACGGCGCCCGAAGAGAGCGAGAGCGUUACCGGAGGACGAACCACCGCCACGGACAGCAGUCAAUCAGAAAGCAGGAAAAGGAGGAAAGAAGUCUGUGUUCGAUAAAGAGCUGACCAACACCUGCAGCAAGAGCGUGAGACAGUUCAGAGCGGGACCGUCCUUUGCAGACAGGAAGCGUCUGGGUUUGGACAGGAAGCGGGGUGGCGGCUCCAGGUGAGUUUUACCUGUCUCAGUGUGUAACAGGUGUUUGUUCUGUUGUCACCUGGGAACAUGAGAGACAGGACGGGUCUCCUACACCUGUCAGACUCAGGUUUAUAUUUAAAAGGUUUAUAUUUAUUUUAACAUAUCAGGUUUUUAUAUAACAGGUGUUUUCUAGCAGAUUAUUGUGUCUGACGCUGUUUUUUCCUUCAGGUUCAAGAAGAAGAAGUGAUGACAUCAGCAGUUUCAUUGUCCACCUCGUCUUUGAUUCACUGUAAAUCUGUUUAUUAAAC